GACCGAUGUUGCUCAUCUCUUCAAUCGAAUCUCAUCUGUGUGUCCGAUUGCAUCAGUAUUUUUCGUCCACCCUCUAGUGUACAUCCCGUCAAUCUCCCCUUUCCCAGGUCCACUUCCCAGGCGAGACAGCCAAGACAUGGCAGGCAGGCAGGCAGGCAGAUCUGCAGACAGGGAGCCGGCAGUGAUUCCAUCCAUCAGGCAAUCCAUCGAUUCGAUAGACCAACACACAACAUGACAUCCCAUGACAUGACAGCCCCCCCCGUCCUCCGCAGCUAUCAUUUAUCAUUGGAAGAGUCGUUUGAAGAUGGCCGUGAUGCCGUCGAGCACCAGUGCAUAGUCGAAGCCCGUCAGACUCCGCUUCUUGCCGGCAGCUGUGCCGCGGUUGAUCUGGUACGGGCACUCUGCCGCCACUGCGGCCGCCACAGCGGCGGCAGAUGAUGCAUUGGGGUCUUCGAAGGCACCCGGCAUCAGCUCACGCAGCUGCAUAAAAAUAGCCAAAAGAGCAAGGCAGCAUAAGAGCGAACAUGACUUCUUUCUUGUACCAACCCGUGUGAACGCCCCAUUUUCCAAACAGUGGUGCAGCUUGACGCCCUGCAGGAAGGCGUGCCGGUUGAGGUGGUUGUUGAGGGUCACGGCCGCGUCUCGGAUGACACGGGCAGCGCGCACGUCGUCUCCCUCGCAAGCCAACUGCUCGGCCACGGGCAGGACGACCUCCAGUGCCCUCUUGAGAUCAAACGGCCUUGUGGCCGAUUCCAACAUCUGCAGAUAGAUGAAUAAGCACACAAGCCAUCUCUGUGUGUGUCAUCUCUGUCUGCAGGCCUGCGUUGCCUGUAUUCCCAAAUUCAUGUCCGUUUGCAUGGCGUGAAGAACGGCACGAGCGAAGGCGAGAUGGACAUCGUCUUCGGCCUGAUCCAUCAACGCCACGGCAACGUCACCGAAGGUCAAGCCGAAGGUCAGCAGCUGCCCCGACCCCAUGCGCUGUGACACGAUCGCCAGGACACGGUGCUUUGGCCCAUCGUCGAGCAUGCCAAAGGCCUGGAUGUUGGGCUCGACAGACUCGGCGACAGCAGCAGCAGCGGACCGGAUCAGGCCAUCGUUCAGGGUGGUCUCCUGGAAGUUGAGCCAGGCCACGAUGGUCUUCUCGGCCUGGCGGGGAAGGAAAUCCUGAUAUGUCUUGAACUGACGAACCGCAGCCCAGACAAAGGAGAAAGGUCCGCAUGCCGAUCGUGUUACGUACCUGUUUGGCCUUGUGUUUGGUGGUCUCCUUCUUGUGCCACGACAGCAGCUGAAACGUCAACUCGCUCUCCCUCUCCAGCUGCAUUCAACACACAGACAGAGACGCAAACACACGGCAGCGAGAAGAAUGAUUUGGUGUGGGGAUGGCCAUGUGUGUAUGUCUUUGGAUGCGUACGAAGUCCAGGAUGGCCCGUGUGGGCUCGAAGUCUACCCCCACUUCCAGCACGGUAUCCCUGUAUCCCCUCCAGUAGUCGCGCAAGAAGCUGCGGCUCUUCUGACCGCUCCCUGCACACACGGGUAUAUAAGACACAACGAUAUGUCUUUUCCUUUCCCGCUUUGUGUGGAUGUGCAUACUCAGGAUCUGGUCGUGUCGUGACGCGCGGCUGGACGUGGCGGCCCCUUCCCCCUCGUCCACCGCCAUCUGCUGCUCCUUCAACAACUGACAAGGGAGGGAAACGGAUGAAUGAUCCCUGCCCAUGUGCGGAUGCAAACCAUUGCAAACGGACCUGUUUGGCCCGCUGUUCGAUCUGGUUGACGGCGUAGCGGUUGGGGCGAAGGUCGUCGAGGUGCAGCGGCUGGCGCGGCUGGGGCGACAUGGCCGUCUGCUGGGGGUUGGACUUGAUCAGUUUCUUCAUCGGACUGUACUCAUAUGUCUGCAUUCACUCACAGACACACAGCCAGCCAAACCAGCCAUGGGAUGCGUGGGGAUGAAUGCAUGCCGUGCUUACAUUGCCGCUGGGGGUGACGACGGGGCGUCGGAGCGGCUGCAGUGUGAUGGGACACCUCCAAAUGUCCUCGGGGAACUCCUCAUCGGGCACCUCGGCAAGAAACUUGCUAACGCCAGGGUCCACACGAGCCAGGCACUGCAUGCAUCAACAACACAUAUCAGAUGCAUCAAGAGAAGACCGUGGGAUGCCACGCACGAGCUGCACGGCGUAUGCAAUGAGAAGAAGGAGUCGUCCAUGCAGAAGCUACCUGGCUCAAGCGCCUGCGAUGCGCCCCAGCGGCGGCCGCCUUGGGGGCAGCCCACCUGGGCAGUUGGGCCAUCCAAACUGAUGAAAU